GUGAAUCGAGUUCAGGAGGGUGCUGCCAUGGAGAGGGCACAGGUCUCUGUGAGCUCCAGCUCCAGCACUGCAGCCCCCACCAAUCCCAUCACCACCUCUAGCUCCACUAGUAACAGUACCAUCCCCGGUAUCAUCACUGCCACCACCAGUGCCAACAGCAGGCAGCAGACUCUGCCACAGAUAUCAUUGUAUGCAGGAAUCCCAGACAGACAGACUGUACAGGCGAUUCAGCAGGCUCUGCACAGGCAGCCUGGUUCAGCAGCUCAGUAUCUGCAGCAGAUGUAUGCAGCACAACAACAACACCUCAUGCUGCAGACUGCAGCCCUUCAGCAGCAGCACCUCAGCUUGGCUGCAGUGCAACAGGCUAGCAUUGUAGCAGGAAGACAAAACUGCAGUCAAAAUGAGAAUUCAUCUCAGCAGACAUUAUCUUCUCAAACUACUAUCAAGCUGACCAGCACCCCUGUAGCAGCAGCCCAGCUGCUUAACAGAGCCCAAGGAGCCAACUCCUCUCCGGUCAGCAUUACCCAGGCCGUGCUCCUGGGAAACUCUUCCACCUCUACCAUCACUGCCAGCCAAGCACAAAUGUACCUGCGGGCGCAGAUGGCACAGCAAAAUAACCUUGUGCAGGUAGCUAGGAGCCUUGGUCGUGCUGUUUCUUUGUCCCCCCAGCUUAUACUUACUCCAACCGCCACAGUCACUACCGUCCAACCUGAGGUCUCAUCGUCGACUAUUACCCAACAGUCAAACAAUUCGCAGAUGCAGAACCUGGUGUUGCACAGUCAACAGGGGGUCUCCUCCAUAAAUCAGUCCCAGCUUCAAGGGCUAAGUGUAAAGCAAAGCAAUGGAGGGAUGGCUCAGCUAGUUCUGAAAAGUCCCAGCCCUCAGGUUCCUCAUGGAGCAAACACAUGCCCAGCAGAUGCUCCUUCAGAGCCAAUAAAGACAAGUGACAGUGCCGGGAAGAUGGGUGCCCAUGCAAUCAGUGUGAGCCACAACAUGACAGCAGUGACCAACCAUCCCCUCAUCAACAGUGCCUACGCCCAAAUCCAGACACAUCAACUCCUCCAGCACAACAAGCAGCAUUUUGUGAUCCAGCACCAGUCCCAUCUGUCUCAGGGAAGCCAAACGCAGCUCUUACAGUCCGGUGUCCAAUCCCAAACCCAAGCUGUGCAAACUGUGACCAUCCAGCCUACACUGGUGGGCCAGCACUGUGCCAUCCCUGUGCUACCCAAAACACCAGGUCAACAGGCAACCAUCUUCCAUUCCACUGUUAGUCCUCACAUGCUCAAUAGCCAGACCUCUCUGCUGACACCCAAAGCCAUACAGGUGCAGGUAACAGCGGCCAAUCUACAGAUUCAGCCUCCUCUAUCCCAGGUGAGAAAGACUGCAAAAGAUGCUGAUAAGGACUGUCUUGUCCAAAAUGAGCAGCAGCUGCUCUCCCUGAACACACAAGAGCCAGCCAGGAGUGAACAAUGUCUGUCUGACCACAGCCAGCUGACGGGCAACUCCCAAGGCCUGGAAACUCUCCUUACAAGUACUGCAGGCUCACCAGUGUGUGUGAAUGGUAAUGCAGUCAUGACAUCGGGCAGCGGCAACAGCACGCCCCCCGUGACUGGCAGCACUCCGCACAAUGGCCACAGCAAAACCCCUCAGGCUGUUGUCAAGCCCCAGAUCCUCACUCAUGUCAUUGAGGGCUUCGUAAUUCAGGAGGGAGCUGAACCUUUUCCUGUGGAACGGCCAUCAUUGCUAGUUGAGAAUGUCAAGAAGCAGAAGCAACAGCAGCAGUCAGAGUUUGAGAAGAGGGUUCAGGACUUUCAAACAGCAGACACUGAGAUGGAAGAUCUCUCACAGCAAGAGUUGAAAAAUCAUGAAGUGGAGCCAACACUCUCCUGUGAACUGUGUGGAAAAGUUGACUCGGCUUACAACUUUAAAAGAUCAAAGCGCUUCUGUUCUACAGUAUGUGCUAAGAGGUAUAACGUCGGGUGCACAAAGCGGAUGGGUCUUUUUCCAAGGCGGUCAAUGUUCGAGAACCCUAAGAAGCAGAGAGCCUCCAGUAAUAAUCACAGCACAGCCUCCGAGGCCAGGAAACGGGUAACACAGAGCAAAUGUAGUUUUUUUGAUUGGGUUUUUUCUUCCCCUCGUCUCUCUCAGCUGAGUCAUGGAGAAUCCAGCCAGUGUUCAGACACGUCCAGCUACGAAGAGCCUACCUCACCCGCGUCCGUGGCCAGCUCUGGAGUUCAGAGGCUGGGUGAAGAAAAAGUAGCAGAUCACAAUAUGAUUCACAGCAGGGAACUGCCUUUACUUACACAGAACAUCCUGCCCAGUGACCCUGCCAAAUGGAAUGUGGAGGACGUUUACGAGUUCAUCUGCUCACUGCCAGGCUGUCAGGAGAUCGCCGAGGAGUUCCGCGCACAGGAGAUCGACGGCCAGGCUUUACUGCUACUAAAAGAAGACCAUCUCAUGAGCACCAUGAACAUCAAACUGGGCCCCGCACUGAAAAUCUUCGCCCGCAUCAGUAUGCUCAGAGACUCGUAGCCUUCAGCACAGGACUGAAGACGCACACAACUCCUGCACUACUUUUCUUUUCUUCAUGCUGAGCAUAGCUAUGAAUCCAGAUGACUUAUUCUGCUCCUCAAAUGUUUUGAGGCUGGAUCUUUCACACAGUUUACAUUAUGAGGAAGAAAUAAUUGUUUGGUCGGGUAAGGCUAGAGCACAGCCACACUGGGGAGCAAUCAGCUUGGAAUAAAUACAAGCACAAAUUUCUACAUGGGCUAAAUGAUGUUAGGAAAUGGUUUGGUUCUUCACAGCAAGACUUUAAGUUAAUAAAAUGCAACAGGUUCACAUGUUCCUCGUAGUUCAAGUCAAGUACUUAUUGCCACAGUAAAUUGUGCCUUUAGGUUUUUUUUAACAUAUGAAAGUGGAACCUCAGUCCUGCUGAAUAUGUGUCUGAAUCUGUUGUGCGCUAGAACAAGAUAUUUCGUAAUGAAUGUCUUCUGUUUAUUGCAUACGUGUAAAUUUGUCCCCUAAUUGCUGUUAAUAGAUAAGGAUUAGUCUGCAUCCAAAAGAAAUUUAUGGCAUCUGUCAAAAAACAAAGUAAUAUGGAUUGCUGGGCUGUUGUAGAUGUGUGUGUGUGUAUGAGUGUGUGGACAGACGUGUCUUGGCCGCCCAACAACCUGUCAGCACUGCCCUUGGGUACUCACCACGGCUGCCUGAAAGCACUCCCAAAAGUCUUGUUCAGAGAAACUUCAACCCAGUUGCCCGGCCAUUAAGAUCUGGUCCUAACAUCACACAGGUUACUAUGCUGAUCAUACGUGCUGCAUUUAACAAGCGUACCACGAGUAACUUCCAUUAUGCCAACAUUUAAUAUAUUCCUGACUGUCACAUAGGCCAGGGGUUUUCAAACUUUUGUCAAGCAACCCACACAACACAAACAAUGCAUCUUACUCUGGCUGUACAAUCUGGUCCCACUGUGGAUUACAAUAUGUAACAUAAAGCUUCCACAAGUUCGCAUACAAGUUUAUUUAAUUAUUAUUAUUAUUUUUCUCUUUGACUAAAUUUUUGGCUUUGGAAAACCCUGACAGGUGUUGCCAUGAACAUUUUUGUUGGUGCUGGUCCUUAUGUUUUGGCUCAUCAAUGUAACUAAAGCCAUGUCCCUUGUUUGACUGUAACUCAAGAGCUGUACCUAGAAUACACUGGUUCUCCUUUUGGUGUAAAAGUAAAUGUUCAACAGAUGCCAAUAAUGUUCAUGCAAAUCUAAUUUCAUUGUUUUUAUAUCAGUCAUUCAGUACUGUGGUAUAUUUCAGCAAGGAUCAAUAGUUUUCACCUUUCUUGUUGCAACAGGAUGCAGCAGCAGCCAAAAUCCAGUCUGGCGCCACACACAGGCAUUAAGAUACAUGAAUGAAAAGCACAGAAGCAUGGAAGCACAGCCUGCAUCUCAAUUAAUCAUGAGAUACAAGUUGCCCACUAGCCAGAGAUUUCAACAUCUCUGGUGUGGAUAGUAAUAUGUGUUACUGCAGUGAUCGCUGCUGUUGUAUUUGGGCAAAUUGUAGUAAAAAUGCUAAGAAACUGAUUUCCAUUGUAAUAAUUUUAUUAUUACUAGCCUAUUAUAGGGAAGAAAAUUUGUGUCGCUGGGUUGUGUUGGGAUUUAUCAAAUGGGACUGAAAUAAUAAUAAUAAUACCAGCUAUAGUGCUGGUCUCAUUUUCAUUCAUUUGAUCAAUUGUUUAUUUAUUGAGAGGAAAUCUUUACAUAGUUUUGUAUUUGGAAAACAAUAAAACCUUGUUGAUACC